AUGGGCCUAGUGAAGCGAGUCAACGAAAUAGAUGGAACAUUGUUUGGAGAUAUUGGUUUGUUAAAGUGCGACCCGGUAAAAAUACAGCUGAAGGAAAAUGCUGUUCCAUACAGUAUUAACACUGCCCGCAGAGUGCCAUUUCCGAUACUGUCCAAGGUCAAGGAAGAGCUGGAAUAUAUGGUGAGCGUUGGGGUCAUCGAACCAGUUACUGAGCCGACAGACUGGUGCGCCCCUAUGGUUCCUGUUGUUAAACGCAAUGGGAAUAUACGCAUCUGCGUGGAUUUGAAGAAACUGAAUGAAUCGGUGCGUCGGGAGCGAUUCAUACUGCCAACUUUCGAUGAUAUAAUCCCUAAGCUGGUAGGAGCACGUGUGUUUUCGAAGUUGGAUGCGUCGAGUGGGUUUUAUCAAAUGCCACUAGACCCUGAGAGUUCAAGAUACACCACAUUCAUCACACCGUUUUGGGCAGUACUGUUUCCGCCGCGUCCUAUUCGGGAUUACAUCAGCACCAGCGGUGUUCCAACGUAA